CGCACCCGCGCGCGCGCUCCCCGCGGAACUCCCGCCGGCGGCCCGGCUCUUGCGGAGGCGCGCCCGAACCGCCGCGGCCGCCGCCAACAUGGCCGAGUCGAACGAGGAAGUGGCGGUGCUGGUGCAGCGGGUGGUGAAGGACAUCACUAACGCCUUCAGGAGGAACCCGCACAUAGAUGAAAUUGGCCUGAUCCCAUGUCCUGAAGCUAGGUAUAACCGGAGUCCCAUAGUCCUUGUUGAAAACAAACUGGGUGUGGAGAGCUGGUGUGUCAAGUUCCUUUUACCGUAUGUCCACAACAAGCUCCUUUUGUACAGAACAAGAAAGCAGUGGCUGAACAGAGAUGAAUUGAUAGAUGUCACAUGCACCCUGCUGCUUCUAAACCCAGACUUUACCACUGCAUGGAACGUGAGGAAAGAGCUGAUCCUCUCUGGCACUUUAAAUCCAAUUAAGGAUUUACAUCUGGGAAAACUCGCCUUAACUAAGUUUCCAAAGAGUCCAGAAACGUGGAUUCACAGGCGAUGGGUGCUACAACAGCUAAUUCAGGAAACCUCGUUGCCUUCCUUUGUGACCAAAGGAAACUUGGGAACAGUUCCCGCAGAAAGGGCACAGAGACUCAUACAAGAAGAGAUGGAGGUCUGUGGUGAAGCUGCAGGGAGAUACCCAAGCAACUAUAAUGCUUGGUCCCAUCGCAUCUGGGUUUUACAGCACUUGGCCAAGCUAGAUGUCAAGAUUCUUCUUGAUGAACUGUCUUCUACUAAGCAUUGGGCAUCUAUGCACGUUUCAGACCACAGUGGAUUUCACUACCGCCAGUUUUUGCUAAAGUCUUUGAUUAGCCAAACUGUGAUAGACAGUUCUGUGAUGGAGCAAAACUGUUUGAGAAGUGAGCCAGCCCUAGUUCUUCCAAAAGAUGAAGAAGCAGCAGCUUCAACAGAGGAACCAAGGAUUAAUCUUCCCCAUCUUCUAGAAGAAGAAGUUGAAUUCAGCACUGAUCUUAUUGAUUCCUACCCAGGACAUGAAACCCUUUGGUGUCAUAGGCGGCAUAUUUUCUACCUUCAGCAUCACUUAAAUGGUAGGUUGCCUCACAGCAUGACCCAGUUGUCACCUGCAGACAGCCCUGGGGGGACUUUGAGUGACUUGCACCUUAUCCCAGCAGGCUCCCAACUGUCUCAGGCAAUGGAAGUAGAUGGACUGAAUGACUCUAGCAAGCAAGGCUACUCCCAGGAAACCAAACGCCUGAAGCGAACACCAGCUCCAGACUCCCUAGGCCUAGAAAUGGAGCACAGGUUCAUCGAUCAAGUAUUGUCGACUUGUCGGAACGUAGAGCAAGCCAGGUUUGCCAAUGCAUACAGGAAAUGGCUGGUUACUUUGAGUCAAUGAAAGAGGUGAAUUAGUCCUGCAAGGUUCCCCUUUUAGUGCAAUAUUGUUUUCCAUUAUUCUUUACAUAGUUGCAUGAACUGUUUACUAUUAUUGGCUAACCAUAUGUUCUUCAUCUUUAGGUUAAAAGUCCAUAGUAAAUCUUUCAUUGUAUUUAUUUUGUUAAUAACUGGCAUUCCUGUGGGGAUAAAAUAAUUGUGUAAUUUCUUCCUGCUAAACAAUCUUAAAUUUUCUGUUUAACUUCUCACCCUUUGUAUUUCUAUACAUGGGGCUUCUCAUUUGGUUUUCCUGAUUGAUUCAAACACACACCUCUACUCACCUCAGUCCGGUUGCUGCAUAGGCAAGCAAAUUCUCUUAAAAAUUAAAAAUUUAAGGCCAAGACAGGAGGAUCACUUGAGCCCAGGACUUUUGAGACCAACCUAGGCAACAUAGCGAGACUUAUCUCUACAAAAAGUUUAAAAAAAAAAAAAAAAAAAAAAAAAAGCCAGGCAUGGUGCUAUGCAC